AUGUUUGUAGCUCUUAGACCUUGUAUUGAUGGAUUCCUAGAGGGGUGCAGACCAUUUAUAGGUGUUGAUGCAUCCAAUUUGUAUGGCAAGUACAGAGGACAGUUGGCAUCCGCAACUGGUGUAGAUGGCCACAAUUGGCUGUAUCACAUUGCAUAUGCAAUUUUUGAUAAAGAGAAUGAGGACAACUGGGUUUGGUUCAUGGAACAGUUGCAUAGAGCCAUUGGCAAUGUUCCUAACCUAGUUAUUUGUACAGAUGCUUGUAAAGGUCUAGAGACAGCAGUUGGAGCUGUAUUCCCUAAUGCUGAAAAUAGGGAAUGCAUGAGGCACCUGUACCAGAAUUUUAUGAAGCAGUACAUAGGUGAUGUCUUCACUGAUCACCUGUAUCCAGCUGCUAGGAACUACACAACUGGAAUGUUCCAGUGGCACAUGAAGAAAAUAUUUGAGUUUGCACCUGACACAAUUGAGUAUCUGGAGACACACCACAGUAGAAUAUGGUAUAGAUGUGGGUUCUCUGAAAACAGGAAGUGUGAUUACUUGACCAAUAAUGUGUCAGAGAGUUUCAAUGCUCAAGUGAAGAAGUUCAAAGGGUUGCUGUUGCAUGAACUAGUAGACAAGCUGAGGGAGCUCAUAAUGGAAAAGAGAUACUUGAGAAAGAAACUGGCUAGGCAGUGGCCAGAAGGAAUUCUGCCUAAUGUCAUGAAAGAAUUGAAUCUGAUUAGCAACCAGCUUAAGGUCAUAAAAGUUACAGUAAGUGAUGAUUACAUAGCUGAAGUCACCCUUUUGGACCAUUGGAACAAUCAAAAACGGCACACAGUGGACCUGCAGAAUCACAAAUGCUCUUGCAGGGAGUGGCAAAUUACUGGGAAGCCAUGUAGACAUGCUUUGGCCUGGAUAUUGUCUAAUAGGGGGAUCAAAAUUGAAGACUAUGUCCAUGAGUACUACUCAGUGGCUAGGUUCAAGAAAGCUUAUGAAGCCAGAGUUGAGGGAAUACCAGAUAGGUCCCAGUGGCCUCAAGUGGAUCUUGGUUUCAAAGUGCAUCCACCAUUGUUGGGCAGAGGACCAGGGAGGCCAAAGGUGCAAAGGAUUAGAGGGUGCAUGGAAAAAAGAACCACAAAGAAAAAUGAUAGCAGCAUUGCCCACCACAAUUGGCCUAUUACCCUUCCUGAACUCAUCCCUCAGUUCUUUGAUUUCAUUCCUCACAUUGCCAAUCUCCAAUUUGAUGUCAGCAAGCUGCAUCUUCAGAUCAAGUGCCACAAUCUUCAACUCCCCACUAACCUGCUGCAUUCCUUGAACAACAUGAUCAGGAGCCUGCCCAACUACUUGUAUGUGCCCAGAACCAAUUGA